UUUCAUCCGUGAGAGGAUGGGGUGGUGCGAGACUUUACUUAGAGCGACUGAGGAGAAGUUUAUAACAAAAGUGAAGACGGACGCGCACACCAACACACACGCAGCUGCAGAGGCCGAUACUUCAACGUCUGAUCCAUCAUGUCUUCACACGUCAGCACAGACUUGGAGCUAGAGCUGGGGGAGCUGCUGCAGGAGUUCCAGGAUGUGGUGGAGGAGCUGAAGGCCCCUUCUCAGAGCAAACCGCACGCCUACCAGCACGUGCUGCAGGAAGCCAAGUGUCGCACGUUGCAGGGCGAUGACAGCGGAGUGGAAGACUCUGAUUACAGCAGUGAAGCUUCUCUGGGAAACAGUUUGAACACCAGCGAGGAGGAGCUCCACACAGCAGGCGUAACGCUGGCACCAAAAGCCAAGCUGGGAGACACGCGAGACCUCGAGAGUUUUAUCGACAUGUUGGACCGGGAACUUGCUGAAAUGUGACGAGAAAGAGAGAGAUAGAGGGGGAGAGAGUAAGAACGAGGGGGAAACAGGCCGGGGGCGACAUGGCUGGCUACUGCCGAGCAGACAGGCAGAUCUACACCAGAGCAGAUCUGAGGGAGCAAACGCUCCCCUGGUAGCUCAGGGGGAAAAGGUUAACAUCAGAAAUAAAAAAAAUAAAAAAAGUCAACUCAAUUCCAAAAUGCAAGUAAGACCUCCAGACCCUUGGCAACGCAGUGACCAGGCGGCAGGCUAAUGUCCCUGCAGCAUCAAAUUCACAACGUGGAACAAAUACUCAGACAGAAAACUUGCAUCCAUCUGGGUGAAAGAGGAAAAACAGUGAAGGAUUCGUUUUAAUGCCACAUAAAAACCACCUCUCAUAAAAUGCAACUAAAAGCUUUCCAGAUUGUCAUUUUAAAAAUGUGUCUCAUAUUUGUUGUUGAAAACGACAGCAGGCGCGUUCAUUGUUAACACAUUUCAAAUCCCACACGUUUAGAUCUGCUGUCAAAAAUCUUUUCUUUUUUUUGUUUCGACCUCGGCGUUGUACAUUUUUUUGUGAAUAUUUUUUUUGUUUUGUUAUAAAAUGUUGUACAGACGAAUGCACAUAAAAAAUAAAGCCUCUCGUUGAUCUAAUUCACUGUUAUAUCUUA